AUGAGUUCAACCUCCGCUCAAGACCCUAGUCCGUCUUCAAGCAAGCGCACCAGAACCCGUCGCGCCCAAGCUCAGAAUAGAUACGACAAGCCAAUUCGCCCCUUGCGCGAGAUCGCCCCCAAGUCGUCUACACUCGUAGAUGGUAAAGACCCAAGGGAAGGAGCGCUAGCCGAGGAGAUUCGUAUGAUAAAAGCCGCUGCACUUGCAGAGGAGAUUCUCAAAUUGAAUUCAGCGACUGGAUCUAAGCUAGAGCUUAAUGGUACAGUCACUGAUCCUGAUCUCGAUGGGGAGUAUUCCACCGACGAAGAAUAUAUCCUCCAGAUUCAAGCUGGGCAUAAUCUCUCAUCCACUCAAGCUUUUGAUGAACAAUCCGCAGAGGACCUAAGGACUGGGACCUAUAUGUAUCAAAACCGCGUCAUGCGUCUAAGAGCUCCAUUCGUUCCAGAUAUCAUGGUUACCAACCCCGCCGAACACCUGCUAGUUCCGGUACCCUACUGGGCAGACAUACAUGAUGACAGGGAAACGCCAGAGAAUAGUUUGAGGCCAUCCCUACCCGUCCCGGGGCCCACUGCUAGCCCCUCCCAAGGAGUUGGUGAAUUACGGAGAUCACCGCGUCGUCAUGUUCGGCGUGGAGCUACAGAGGUGUUGAAGCGCCGUAAGCCAGCCUUGCAGGUUGCUGCCUGUUCUUCAAAAGCCAGUUCCCAUAUUAUCGGGAAGGAAAAGGUACCGGAAGCGGUCUACAAUAUUGACGACGAAAAGACUCCAGAGGUGCUUCCCGGAGUUGGCAAAGGAAAGGCUUCAGAGGCUCCGGAGGUGAUUCCCAUAAUCGACAAAGGGAAGGCCCCAGAAGUGGUUCAUAGGGUUGAGAAACGGAAGGCCCCGAGCGUGGUCCGUAGAGCUGUAAAGAGAAAGACAGAGGGGACAAUUCGCAAAAUCGACAACGUCAAAGCCCCCGAAGCUAUUGGUGAAUUUAAUGAGAGAACUGGUACUCAUCCGGUUCGCAUGCUUGACAAAGGAAAGGCUCCGGAGGUGGUUCCGCAUUUUAAAGAUGGAGCUAUCGAUCCCAUUCUUCUUUCCAAGAAUCCCAAUUUUGAUAAUGAAUACCUUUCCCGUGCUCGUGAGGCAGAUUCAUGGCCUUCUGAACGAGUAGGUAACAUGAGGACAGAUGAAAUGAAAUUACACAGCAAUUUUGAAUUACCGCCAGGAACUAAUUGGGAAACACCUACCUUUAACAGUGAACAGCUUUUACCACAAAGUGAAAAUGAUAUCAUCGAAGCCCAGAUUCGUGCAGACGAAGGGAUUGAUUGGGCUUAUGAUCCACAGGAAUAUAGCUACUUUGACCUUGCUUUCUUUCCGGAACACGCUUCAGAUAAGGUUGAAACAGAAUCAGAGAUGUCGCAAUUUUUCAAAAGCUCAAUGAACAUUAACGAGCCGGUUGCUGGUAGUUCUGAUCAAGAUGCGACUAAUAGGCUCCUUUAUCCUCCUCCAAACGACGGAUUAACCUUAAGUUCUUUAACAGGCCUCCCUCUCUAUGAUUGGGGUUUUCAGGAGCAAAAUGCCGAGGAGACCAAACUCCCAGAUGCCAAUGAUUUCGGAUAUUUCCUCGAAGAAACGAACCAUGUAGGGGUGAUUGUUCGCACCUUCUAUCCAUAUACAGAGGAAGAUGAUUUGCUGUUCCGUUAG